UCGGUGCGCGGCUGAGCUGCUGCUGCUCCUGCUGCCGGGGAGGAGCGGCCAGGUGGCCGCCUUGCUCCUCCCCGUACGUCCCAAGUGGGGGCAGAGCAGCCCUUCACCAGCCUCCAGGUAGAAGGCACAGGGAAAGAGGGACCUUCAAACUCCUCCUCAGCGUCCCCUCUCCGCCCACUUUUGGUCCCUGCCCUUGGAGAAAGUGGAGUGUGGCGCUUGGUUAUCAUUAUCUCUUCGGACUGCUUCGCGGUGCACGGAUUCAGCUGUUGCCCAGUGGGGCUUUCCGCUGUUGGCGUGUCUGUGUGCUUCCCCCCGGCACACCUCUGUCGACGAUGAGGAAAAGUCUGCGGGCGACAGAGGCCCUCUGCGACUGGGUCUGGGAUAUGUACUGCAAUGCUCCUGCUUCCUGCCCUGGCCCUCCUCAGCACAAGGGGCACCAGCUCCGCCGCUCCAGACGACGACUUUUUUCAUGAACUGCCAGAAACGUUUCCAUCUGAUCCACCAGAACCUCUGCCACAUUUCCUUAUCGAGCCGGAAGAAGCUUAUAUUGUGAAGAAUAAGCCUGUAAACCUGUAUUGUAAAGCCAGCCCCGCCACCCAGAUCUACUUCAAGUGCAAUAGUGAAUGGGUUCAUCAGAAGGACCACAUAGUAGAUGAGAGAGUAGACGAAACCUCGGGUCUCAUCGUCCGGGAAGUGAGCAUUGAGAUCUCGCGCCAGCAAGUGGAAGAACUCUUUGGGCCCGAAGAUUACUGGUGCCAGUGCGUGGCCUGGAGCUCCGCGGGCACCACGAAGAGCCGCAAAGCCUACGUGCGCAUCGCAUAUCUCCGGAAGACAUUUGAGCAGGAGCCCCUGGGAAAGGAAGUGUCCUUGGAACAGGAAGUCUUGCUCCAGUGUCGACCACCUGAAGGGAUCCCCGUGGCUGAGGUGGAAUGGUUGAAAAAUGAAGACAUAAUCGAUCCUGUUGAAGAUCGGAAUUUUUAUAUUACUAUUGAUCACAACCUCAUCAUCAAGCAGGCCCGCCUCUCAGAUACCGCAAACUAUACAUGUGUCGCCAAGAAUAUCGUUGCCAAGAGGAAAAGCACAACGGCAACUGUCAUCGUCUACGUAAACGGUGGCUGGUCCACCUGGACAGAGUGGUCUGUGUGUAAUAGCCGCUGCGGACGGGGGUACCAGAAACGCACGAGGACCUGCACCAACCCAGCGCCACUCAACGGUGGUGCCUUCUGCGAAGGGCAGAGUGUGCAGAAAAUAACCUGUACCACAUUAUGCCCAGUGGAUGGCAGGUGGACCUCCUGGAGCAAGUGGUCUACUUGCGGAACCGAGUGCACACACUGGCGCCGGCGGGAGUGCACGGCGCCCGCCCCCAAGAACGGAGGCAAGGACUGCGACGGCCUGGUCCUGCAAUCCAAGAACUGCACGGACGGGCUGUGCAUGCAGACUGCUCCUGAUUCAGAUGACAUUGCUCUGUACGUUGGCAUCGUGAUAGCUGUGAUUGUCUGCCUGGCCAUUUCUGUAGUCGUGGCCCUCUUUGUGUAUCGGAAGAAUCACCGUGACUUUGAGUCUGAUAUCAUUGACUCUUCGGCGCUCAAUGGAGGCUUUCAGCCUGUGAACAUCAAGGCCGCAAGGCAAGAUCUCCUGGCAGUACCUCCAGACCUCACAUCAGCCGCAGCCAUGUACAGGGGACCCGUCUAUGCCUUACACGAUGUCUCGGACAAAAUCCCCAUGACCAACUCUCCAAUUCUGGAUCCACUGCCCAACCUGAAAAUCAAAGUGUACAACACCUCAGGUGCUGUCACCCCUCAAGAUGACCUCUCUGAGUUUGCGUCAAAGCUGUCCCCUCAGAUGACCCAAUCCUUGUUGGAGAAUGAGGCCCUCAGUCUGAAGAGUCAGAGCCUGGCGAGGCAGACCGAUCCAUCCUGCACCGCGUUCGGCACCUUCAACUCUCUCGGGGGUCACCUUAUUGUCCCCAAUUCAGGAGUAAGCUUGCUGAUUCCCGCUGGGGCUGUUCCCCAAGGGAGAGUCUACGAGAUGUACGUGACUGUGCACAGGAAAGAAAAUAUGAGGCCACCCAUGGAAGACACUCAGACCCUCUUGACCCCUGUGGUGAGCUGUGGGCCUCCGGGAGCCCUGCUCACCCGCCCGGUCAUCCUCACUAUGCAUCACUGUGCAGAUCCCAACACCGAAGACUGGAAGAUACAGCUCAAGAACCAGGCAGCACAGGGCCAGUGGGAGGACGUGGUGGUGGUGGGCGAGGAGAACUUCACCACCCCCUGCUACAUUCAGCUGGACGCCGAGGCCUGCCACCUGCUCACGGAGAACCUCGGCACCUACGCCCUGGCGGGGCAGUCCGUCACCAAAGCGGCCGCCAAGCGCCUGAAGCUGGCCAUCUUCGGGCCACUCUGCUGCUCCUCCCUAGAGUACAGCGUCCGAGUCUACUGUCUGGAUGACACCCAAGAUGCCCUGAAGGAAGUUUUGCAGCUUGAGAGACAGAUGGGAGGACAGCUCCUAGAAGAACCCAAGGCCCUUCAUUUCAAAGGCAGCACCCACAACCUGCGCCUGUCUAUUCACGACGUCGCCCAUUCUCUCUGGAAGAGCAAACUGCUGGCUAAGUAUCAGGAAAUUCCUUUUUACCAUAUCUGGAGUGGGUCUCAGAGAAACCUCCACUGCACAUUCACUCUGGAAAGAUUCAGCCUGAACACGGCGGAGCUGGUGUGCAAGCUGUGUGUGCGGCAGGUGGAAGGAGAAGGGCAGAUCUUCCAGCUCAACUGCACUGUCUCCGAGGAACCGACUGGCAUCGAUCUGCCUCUGCUGGACCCAGCGAGCACCAUCACCACCAUGACCGGACCCAGUGCGUUCAGCAUCCCUCCCCCUAUCCGGCAGAAGCUCUGCAGCAGCCUGGAUGCCCCCCAGACAAGAGGUCACGACUGGAGGAUGCUGGCCCAUAAGCUAAACCUGGACAGGUACUUGAACUACUUUGCCACCAAAUCGAGCCCCACUGGAGUCAUCCUGGAUCUCUGGGAAGCGCAGAACUUCCCGGAUGGAAACCUGAGCAUGCUGGCAGCCGUCCUGGAAGAAAUGGGAAGACAUGAAACAGUCGUGUCUUUAGCAGCAGAAGGACAGUAUUGACCCACGCCAGGACUGACCACGAAGGACAAGAAUGCACAGGGAGUCUGGCCGUCCAGGGGAUCACAGCUGAGGAGGAAAUCCAGACCAGACCAACGAGCUUCACGGUGCGAGGGCGGCAGGAGAGAGAAGGAAAACAGAUGCGGCUACCGAUACACACGCCCCCUUCAUGGGACGUCAUCACAGGAGUUAAGAACAGUUGUGUACAUUUGUACCUUGAAUCUAGAAACCAACCUUAUUUUCCUCUUUGUUGGGCUGUAUGCUGUGUGGUACAGGAUCUUACAGUUUCCUAGGAAACGCUUUUUAUUGCUAUCCAGAUAUAUGGAUAAACUUUCUUAACAAACCCAAUUUCUACAAACGUUGUUUACAUCAGAUUGGACAGGGAUGCAGACACUGUCCAUGGCUCGUUCUAUUUUUGUUCAAGUCAUUUGAAGUUGAAGCUGUGGAUGGUUUGUCGUGUCUAUUUCAGAUCAGUAAUUUACAGAGAAAUCACAGGCUUUCGCUACAAAUCAUGUGCAUCAGUGUUCUGUUUCUAGAACUGGUAAAACCAGUGUUUCUGUUUGCAUCAGGGAAGUGGAGAAUCUAAGUGUAAAGGAGAAAUAACGACGACUCCUUGUUCCUUGAAGACACCCAUGCGGUGCCUCUGGGAAUAAAGCUGUAGCAUUGCAGGAAAGACAGUGAUUCAUGUUCAACCACACAAAUAAGCAUUUCUUCACAAUAUGUGUGUUUGUAGUAUGCAAUUUGAAGUGUUUUUUUUUUUAAAGGUAUCAUCAUUAUUAUUAUUGAUGAGUAUUUACGAGUAUUCUAGUAAAAGGAUUUUCUUUUAACUUCUGUUUUUGUUAGCAGUACUGUUAGUAUUUAGGUGUUGACUCGACCUGCCUCACCUUCUCCCGUAACCAGGUGGGCGUGGGCACCAGUUUAACUGCGCAGGCAUUGGUCCCUGACCUUCCAUCUUUUCCCAUCGCUCCGCCCCAGAGGUAUAAAUGCUCACUGGCUGUGUCGGUCUGUUCUUUCAGCUUGCUCAGGCGGGUCUUUCUCCUCGGAGUUCUCUCUUCAAGUCCACUUGCUAUCGGGGUCACAUGGCCCCGCAUCGACUCCCCUCAGAUUCUGUCUCCCUUAGAGGCAGCGUGGUUGGAAGAACAGCCUCUGAACUGGAAAUCAGGACACCAGUUCUCAUUCUGGGUUUGUCACUGUCUGGCUCUGCUACCUUGGGAAAGUCGUCUAACCUCACUAGACCUCGGUUUCCUCACCGGUAAAUACAGGGGUGGGAUCAGAUACUCUCAAGGUCUAAGAUGCUGGCCCUCCACUCCAGUCUCAUUCGUCAGUGUGAAGACCACGGUGGACUCUGAGCGGGAUCACUUCGAGAUCCAGUACAGCUAGAUUCUGGUCCUGGCUGCAUUAUGCCUUUCAAAUAGUUCCAACUUGGAAGAUAAUUAUUUUAAUCUGUAGCAUAUUUGUUAGGCUUUCAAGUCUUGUCUUUGUGUCAUUGAAUUAUGCUGUUCACCGAGAGAUGGCAUCCUUUAAUCAUCACUUUCUUUCCUUUCUUGGGAACAUUUGCCUUCCUGGUUAGUAGAAAAAUUAUGUUCUAUUCCUUGUCUUGG